CCUUACUCUGUAACCUUUUCCCUUGUCAUCGCCAAUUGAUUGUUGUUUGUUUUGGGUUUUUUUUAAGUUUUUUUUAUUUAUUUAUUUAUUUUUAAUCUUCAUUACACGAUCCUUCAUUUUUGCAGAAUUGUCUACCUCGGUUGACCGUCUUUUCUGCUGUACAGUAACAUGUUUACCACUACCGGCUCAACGGGGCUCUAUAAAGCCCCCUUUUCUAAAAGCCUGCUGAUCAUCCUAAGUGCCCUAGCCUUCUUGUUAGCAGUGCCAUUCUCGCAGUACAAGAGCCUUUUUAUGUAUAACCUACAAAAAAUCAAACAAGAAUUUCAGAUCUGGAGGUUAAUAUGUGGAAGGUUUAUUUGCCUAGACCUGACACAUGCAUUCUGCAGUUGCCUCCUCAUCUACAAUUUCAGGAUUUUUGAAAGACGAUACGGCAGCAGGAAAUUUGCAUCAUUCUUAUUGUGCUCUUGGGUUUUCUCUGCCUUGUUCGACACCCUGCUUGUUGAAGCUCUGCACUACGCAUGUGAUGUGAAAGUGGAUGUCCUACCAUCGGGGCUUUUGGCUCCUGUUUUUGCUUUGUUCGUGCCGUUCUACUGCUCCAUUCCAAGGGUUCAGGUGACUCGGGUCCUUGGGCAGUUCGCAAUCACCAACAAGUCCUUAGUCUACUUGAUGGGUCUUCAGCUUUUUACAUCAAGCUUUUUCAUGUGGAUCAUUGCCCUUAGUGGACUGACUUCUGGCAUGCUUUACCACAACAAUGUUUUUAAAAUGCAACAUGUUAUAUUCAUCCCUGACUGGGUUGCCCGUUGUGGCUCUUACACCCUUGAGCCUCUCUUCUCCACUGAUGAGCCGACCCUCGAGUCUGCUGUUGGAAUGGGAGCCACACUGGACAUCCAGCGGCAACAGAGAAUGGACCGGCUGGAUCAACAGCUGCUGCUUUCACAGCUCCCACACAUGAGGAGGAACACACAGCAGCAGGGAGGCCUUCUCAACUGGAAUAGGUUUUUCCCCUCUCUGCGUCAGAGGUGGAACGCUAACCAUCAAGCCGAUCCACGGUCAGCCCAAAACACUCCUGCCAAUCCUCCCCAAGAAGUGUCAGAAGAGCAGGUGGCUAGACUUAUGGAGAUGGGCUUUUCCAGAGUGGAUGCUUUGGAGGCACUAAGAGCUUCAAAUAAUGACGUUAAUGUAGCUACUAACUUUCUACUACAGCGCUGAGAGCUGUUUCACAAAUGUGGUCAAUGUGGUCACACAGUGCGAGAAGUAAUAACAUCACAUACCAAGUAGGUAUUUUGAAGUGCCCUUGUAAAACACUGCUAGUUUGCAUUUUUAUUUCCUUGAAAUGGGUGUUAAAGGGACGGAAAUUACUCUGUGGUUUCAGAAAAACGCUUUUUUUUUACCAAAAUGAAGGGCUGCAACAGGAUGGAUUUUAGUUGAUGAUUGCAAGAUCAUAUUUAAUUGUUAAAGGUGUACUCAAUGAAAGGUAUAGGUGAUAUUCUAUUGAGUAUCUCAUUGAAGGAGGUGUUAUUUUUGUUAGUUUGUUUUAUUUUUUUUAUAAAGAAGUCUGGCAAGUUCUUAUAAAUUACUAGGAGUCUUAAAAUGAAUGCAGUUGUGCUGGUAAAGGUUUUAUCAUGUCAAAUACAGUGAACUUGGGAUUUCCUAUACAACCCCUAAUUAUUGAAUUGGUGUUUUACUUUGGAGUCUUAUGAACGUAACCCUUAGUGAUCAGGGAUGCUACUUUUAAUUUUACUCUCUCUCUCUCUCUCUCUCUCUCUCUCUCUCUCUC